CAUCAUGAAGUAUAGAAUUAGUAAGGGUAAUAAGGUAAUUUUGGUUCCCUACCCUGCCCAGGGCCACGUCACUCCGAUGCUGAAAUUAGGUUCGGCGUUGUUAUCGCAUGGUUUCCGGCCGGUGAUAGCCACGCCGGAGUUCAUCCACGCCAAAAUCUCUAAGAAAAUUGACGCUAAUAAGGACGGGACUCUGUGCAUGGCCAUCCCCAACGACGGCUUAGACGCCGGAAAGGCCACUCACGAUUUCUUCGCCGUUGAAACGGCCAUGGAGGAGAAGAUGCCGACCGGAUUCAAGCGGCUGCUCCGCCGUGAAAAGCUGAUUGACGAAACGGCGUGCGUGAUCGUCGAUUUGCUUGCUUCGUGGGCGAUUGACGUGGCUAGGGAUUUGGGAUUGAAAGUUGCGGGAUUUUGGCCGGCGAUGUUAACUACUUACAAAUUGAUUGAUUCUAUUCCCGAUAUGAUCGUUGCCGGAAUCAUCUCGCAAACAGCAGGUUGUCCGUUGCAGCUUGAAAGACCCACAUGUUCCUUGCCUAGUCAACCUAACAUAACAACAAAAGAUUUACCAUGGCUAAUUGGAAACUCAAGUUCAAGGUUAUCAAGGUUCAAAUUUUGGACAAGGACAAUGAAUAGGUCAAGAACCCUUGAAUGGAUCCUUGUAAACACCUUCCCAGCAGAACUCAUCACCUCAAAUAAUAAUACCAACGGUUGUAAUGAUCAUCCAACAAUCCUCCCAGUGGGGCCCUUGAGUGCACAUUCAAGAAUCCAGAAUAACCCCACUUUUUGGGAAGAGGAUAUGAGCUGCCUAGACUGGUUAAAUCAACAAGCAACUCGAUCUGUGGUCUACGUUUCGUUUGGGAGUUGGGUGAGCCCGAUUGGGAAAGAUAAGUUGAUGGCAUUGGCAUUGGCUUUAGAAACUUGCAAAAGACCAUUCAUUUGGGUGUUGGCAGCUUCAUGGAGAGAUGGGCUCCCAAAGGACUACUUAGAGAGAGUGUCCAAACACGGACGAAUCGUUGCGUGGGCCCCUCAAACGCACGUGCUGCAACACGACGCCGUGGGGUGUUACCUGAUGCAUUGCGGAUGGAACUCGACGAUGGAGGCUAUCCAAUUCAGGAAGCCGCUUGUUUGCUAUCCCGUUGCAGGGGAUCAGUUUGUGAAUUGCGCUUUCAUCGUGAAGAAAUGGAGAGUCGGAGUUCAGAUCGAGGAGCUUGGCCCGAGUGAUGUGCAUGAAGGGUUGAGGAGUGUGAUGGAGGAUGAUGAUAUGAGUGAGAGGAUGAAAAGGUUGAAUGAGGAUAUGAUCACAAGUGCAAUGGCAAGCUCAAAGGUGAUGGCUAACUUGACCAACUUUAUUUCUGAUGUAACAUCACAAUGUGCAGGCCAGGGGAAGCCAUGAAGUUUAUCCAAUAUUAAAAUUUCAUCUUUAUGGGUUUUACAAUGGAAUGUCAAAUGUAUAUUAUGUACACCACCAAGAACAAUAUUUCUCUUUGUUUGAAAAUUAUGUGUUUUCUUAGUAUUAA